AUGGACAUGGAGGAUUCUGCCGGAGGAGCUCGUAAAGCCACCAAGAGUAAACUGUUUGAGUUUCUCGUCCAUGGAGUGCGUCCAGGGAUGACCUCAGGGGCUCGGAUGCCCCAUCAAGGCGCUCCCAUGGGGCCUCCUGGACCACCAUAUGGAGGAACACCGCCGAUUCGGCCAGGGAUGCCUAACACAGCCCUAGACCCCAACCGAAAACGUCCUGCCCCAACCCAGCCAGUGCAACCUCCCCCCGUCCAGAACCGUUCCAGAAAUGCCAAGAGAAGAAAAAUGGCAGACAAGAUUCUCCCUCAGAGGAUCCGUGAACUGGUGCCAGAGUCCCAGGCGUACAUGGACCUCCUAGCUUUUGAGCGCAAACUUGACCAAACCAUUAUGAGGAAGAGGGUGGAUAUACAGGAAGCCCUCAAAAGACCAAUGAAGCAAAAGCGGAAGCUACGAUUGUACAUUUCGAACACUUUCAACCCUGCCAAACCUGACGCAGAGGACUCUGAGGGCAGCAUUGCAUCCUGGGAGCUGCGUGUAGAGGGCAAGUUGUUGGAUGAUCCUGGAAAACAAAAGAGGAAGUUUUCGUCUUUCUUUAAGAGCCUUGUUAUUGAGCUGGAUAAGGAUCUGUACGGUCCUGACAACCACUUAGUGGAGUGGCACCGCACUGCAACGACCCAGGAGACAGAUGGCUUCCAGGUGAAGAGGCCUGGCGAUGUGAAUGUGCGCUGUACCCUCUUGCUCAUGCUGGAUUACCAGCCUCCUCAGUUUAAGUUGGAUCCUCGCCUUGCACGUCUUCUUGGCAUCCACACUCAAACCCGCUCCUGCAUCAUCCAGGCUUUAUGGCAGUACGUCAAGACCAACAAGCUGCAGGAUUCUCAUGAAAAGGAGUACAUCAACUGUGAUAAAUAUUUCCAGCAGAUCUUUGACUGUCCUCGUCUGAAGUUUUGUGAGAUCCCCCAGCGACUAACCAAUCUACUGCUCCCGCCUGAUCCGAUUGUGAUCAAUCAUGUUAUCAGUGUGGACCCAAAUGACCAGAAGAAGACAGCCUGCUAUGACAUUGAUGUUGAAGUUGAUGAUCCUCUGAAGAGUCAGAUGAAUGGUUUCCUGCUGUCCACAGCCAAUCAUCAAGAGAUUGCAUCCCUAGACAACAAGAUCCAUGAAACUAUUGAGUCCAUCAACCAACUGAAGAUUCAAAGAGAUUUCAUGCUCAGCUUCUCCAGGGACCCCAAGGGCUACAUCCAGGACUGGAUCUGCUCCCAGAACAGGGACCUUAAGCUGAUGACAGAUACAGUUGGAAAUCCAGAGGAAGAGAGAAGAGCAGAGUUUUAUAACCAGCCCUGGUCUCAGGAAGCUGUCAGCCGCUACUUCUAUUGCAAGAUUCAACAACGAAGACAGGAGCUUGAACAAGCUUUGGCAAUGCGAACCACCUAAAAUAUCUCAUUUUCAAAAAUAAGUUGACAACUAGUUUGCUUCACCUGUGGCUUGGUCACUUUUAUUCUGGUGGUCUCCACACUGGGCAGUUUUCUAUGGACAUGAAAGUAUUAGACCCCUUCUCAGUAUGAGGUUUGGACUGAUUUUAACCAAUGAGGGUCACUGAAAAGUGUAAUUAUACUCGUAUUUAAUGUAUGUUUACUGUACAGUUGAAUGUAUAUAACCUCACAGUACAAUGAAUUUAAGAAAGUGGUUUGGAAAUGGCACUUUCACACUGAUUACACACAAAUACAGCAGCUAUCAUAAUUGUUUUUACAUCAGUUUUUUGUCUGAUGUAAUAUACACUGUGUCUUCUGACUUGAAAAGGUAGAAAAUACAAUGAAUGAAACUUUGAUGCCUGGGAAUUUUUGUAACUAUUAAUGUCAUGCUAAAUGUUAGUAUGUAAGUAUCGAUAUUGAAUCUGUCAUGUUUUUUCUACAUGUUUAAAUAUUUUGUCACAUUCUGCUUUCAGCUUUCUCCUUUGUUUUUCUGUCGUUAAAUUUGCACUGUGCAAAAGAUAUGAAGAAAUCCACUGGAUGAAAAUCAGCCAACUUUAUUUGCAAUAAGUGACAUUUAUUGUCAUAAUUUUAACACGUUAAAGAAAACACAUUCAAGGUAAAUCAUUCUGAUUUGUGAACACUUGGGUUUACAAUACCAAUUUUUGUGUAUUGUUAAAGACUUCAAAAAUCAUUGUUCAUAAGCAGUGUUUAUAAACGAUGUUUGAAAACAUAAUUUUCAGAGGCUUUAAAUGCCAGUAAAACAAAAUAUGUUCUAAAUAUAUUGUGUGUUGAUAAAUACAGUAACGCAUGUUGCAUGUGAAUAUUUUUGUUUUUUUAGGAGUUUCUUUUUUAGCAUGAUUCCGAAAUGUUUUGGAUCUUUGUUGCCUUAUUAAAUCACUGAUAUGCACAGGAAGCAUCAACCAAAGGUACAGUUACAUCAUCUUUGUGAAUGCCAAUAAAUUACUUAAUUUUACUGAAUAUUCCAUCACACUAGUUGAUGGCAUUUGUAUACCUGUGGCCUAAGAUGUGCUUGAUGCACAGAUGACAAAUAAAUCUGAUACUCAUGAAUGUCAAGAGGUGUUCAUAUUCAGAGGCAUUGACCCUUUACCUUUUAACAAGACAUUCUUA